GAAAACUCAAAAAAAAAAAAAAAAAUCCCGAAAAAACCCAAAAACACGGAUCAUCUCCCUCCCAAAACCCAAACUAUCCACAUUCAAUCCACAUACAUUUCGUAAAAUUUCAAUUUCAAAGGAAAAAUCACUUCCCUUCCAUCAACCAUGGCUGAUGAACUUCCAUCACUCACCCCUUACAUCCACUCCCAAACCCUAACUUCCCACGACCACCCCAUCUCCUCCGUUAAAUUCUCCCCCAACGGCCACCUCCUCGCCUCAUCCUCCUCCGACAAAACAAUCCGCACCUACACCAUCACCCCCAACGAAACCCCCAUCGCCAAACCCCUACACACACUCACCGGCCACCAAAACGGAAUCUCCGACAUCGCCUUCUCCUCAGACUCGAGAUUCAUCGUCUCUGCUUCCGACGACAAAACCCUAAAGCUCUGGGACGUCGAGACCGGCUCCCUCAUCAAGACCCUUCACGGACACACCAGCUUCGCCUUCUGCGUCAACUUCAACCCUCAAUCCAACAUGAUCGUCUCCGGCUCGUUCGACGAGACCGUUCGGAUCUGGGAUGUGAAGACGGGUAAGUGCUUGAAAGUUCUUCCCGCGCAUUCCGAUCCAAUCACGGCGGUGGAUUUUAAUCGUGAUGGGUCGAUGAUUGUUUCGAGUAGUUAUGAUGGGUUGUGUCGGGUUUGGGAUUCUGGGACUGGGCAUUGUGUGAAGACGUUGAUUGAUGAUGAGAAUCCUCCUGUCUCGUUUGUUAGAUUCUCUCCCAACGGCAAGUUUAUCCUUGUUGGCACUCUCGAUAACACCUUGAGGUUAUGGAACGUUUCUUCUAGUAAAUUCGUUAAAACAUACACUGGUCACACUAACUCUCAGUACGCCGUUUCCUCUGCGUUCUCCGUCACUAAUGGAAGGCGAAUAGUCAGUGGAUCCGAGGACAAGUGUGUGUACAUGUGGGAGCUGAACUCUAGGACGUUGCUUCAGAAACUUGAGGGUCAUACUGAGCCUGUCAUGAGCGUGGCUUGCCACCCGACGGAGAACUUAAUCGCAUCAGGCUCGCUCGACAAGUCUAUAAGACUUUGGACACAGAAGAUAUAAUGAAACAGAGAUAGACUCGUGAAAAUCAACCCAUGUUAACAUACCUUCCUCUUCAUGUUAGCAACCAUCCAAUGCUUAGUUUCUUAGUCAAGUCUAGUCUCUUAGAUUUGAUUCUAUUCUACUGUAUAUACGAAUAUAAGUAGAUUAUAUAUGGCCUUCGUACGUUGCUCGUCACAUGUGAACUUUACCGCUGCUAUCUCCAUGUGACCCUGUUCCGUGAUACCGAGCUACGGGAAACCUUUCGUGGUGCUCAGUUUUAAGCCCGAUCCAAACUAGUAAUGGGCUUCGAUAGGCCCAUAUUAUAUUUAAUUAGCGGAUCAUUUCAAACGCAUCAAAUACACGUUGUAUUUUAGUGUUACGUAAGUAGUUGGUGAAUAGACUUUUUCGGUCUUUUGUUUAUAAAAAUCUUUUUCCC